UGCCCGAGGCCAUUCACCUACUGGCGUAGCUGUGUAGCAGCGAUGGCCCACCUGCUCCGGGUGGCCCUCUCGGGGCUGCCCCCCUGGAGGGGGUACUGCUCCCAGGGGGCAAAGGGCGUGCUCAGCGAGGGCUUUGUGGAGGCCCUGAAGGCGGUGGUGGGGACUCCGCACGUGUCCACUGCCGCUGCGGUGCGGGAGCAGCACGGGCGCGAUGAAUCCAUGCACCGGUGCCAGCCCCCGGACGCUGUGGUGUGGCCCCAGAGUGCCGAGCAGGUCAGCAGGCUGGCGGCGCUGUGCUAUGGCCAGGGCGUGCCCAUCAUCCCCUUUGGCACCGGCACCGGCCUCGAAGGGGGUGUCUGUGCCACGCAGGGCGGGGUCUGCAUUAACCUGACCCGCAUGGACCGCAUCCUGGAGCUGAACCCCGAAGACUUCUCUGUGGUGGUGGAGCCUGGCGUCACACGCAAAGCUCUCAAUAGGCACCUACGCGACAGUGGCCUCUGGUUUCCCGUGGAUCCAGGUGCGGAUGCCUCUCUUUGUGGCAUGGCGGCCACAGGGGCCUCGGGCACCAACGCUGUGCGCUAUGGCACCAUGCGGGACAAUGUGCUCAACCUGGAGGUGGUGCUGCCUGAUGGACGGCUGCUUCAUACCGCAGGCCAGGGCCGCCACUUCCGCAAGUCUGCAGCAGGCUACAACCUCACUGGUCUCUUCGUGGGCUCUGAGGGGACCCUGGGGCUCAUCACAGCCGCCACCCUGCGCCUGCACCCUGCACCUGAGGCCACAAUGGCCGCUACCUGUGCGUUCCCCAGUGUCCAAGCUGCAGUGGAUUGCACUGUUCAGAUUCUCCAGGCUGCGGUGCUCGUGGCCCGUAUCGAGUUCCUGGAUGAGGUCAUGAUGGAUGCCUGCAACAGGCACAGCCAGCUCCACUAUCCCGUGGCGCCCACGCUCUUUCUGGAGUUCCACGGCUCCCAGCAGGCACUGGCUGAACAAGUGCAGCGGGCAGAAGAGAUCGCCCAGCACAACGGAGCCGCUCACUUCUCCUGGGCCAGCGAAGCCGAGCAGCGUAGCCGGCUCUGGGCAGCGCGGCACAACGCCUGGUACGCAGCCCUGGCCCUGCGGCCUGGCUUUAAGGGCUACUCUACGGAUGUCUGUGUGCCCAUUUCCCGGCUGCCAGAGAUCCUGGUGCAGACCAAGGAGGAGCUGAAGGCCUCAGGACUCACAGGAACCAUUGUGGGGCAUGUGGGUGAUGGCAAUUUCCACUGCAUCCUGCUGGUCAACCCGGAGGAUUCCGAGGAGCUCCACAGGGUCAAGGCUUUUGCUGAGGAUCUGGGCAGGCGUGCUCUGGCACUCCACGGAACUUGCACGGGGGAGCACGGGAUCGGAUUGGGCAAGCGGCAGCUGCUGCAGGAGGAGGUGGGCCUGGUGGGCAUGGAGACCAUGCGGCAGCUAAAGGCUGCACUGGAUCCUCAAGGCCUCAUGAACCCAGGCAAGGUGCUGUGA